AUGACUGCACCUCAGAAUCCCAUUACCAGAGCCAUUUGGGAUGGUGCAUUACCCAUCAAGUUUUCUAUUGAUAAUGCCGAGGCUGACGAAUUAGGUGCAAAAACUGAAAUAGAACCCUAUUUU